AUGACCAUUGAGAUUCCCCUAUUAUUAUCAUCUACAUUUCCAUUAAUAUGGAAAGCAGGAUUAGCUCAACUUUCUUUUGCGAAAACGGGAGGUUCAUUAGCUGCACUGAAAGGCACAUCCUUACUGUUAAGUAAAGCUGCCUCAACAGGUAAAGCGGGACUCCUAGCUUCUACGUCUACGCAACUUGACAACAUUAAAGAGGCAGCACAAAAAUUAAUCGAAGAAAUAGAAAAAAAUAUCAAUGUCAGCUUAUUUUUUUAUAAUAUAGAAGAAGAAGAAUCAGCCGGGUACUACUUAAUGAAGAAGCGACAAGAACAUGAGAAAGAGGCAUCAACAGCUUGA